UAAACAAUUAUGUAACUCCUUAUGUACAAGUGACAUUAUUCAUGAUCUAAUACAGUCCCACUUUGAAUAGGAAAAUCAAUUAAUGCUUGAUAAGUAUAAUAAUGACCCUAUUAAAUAAGAUAUGAAUAAGGAUACUAGAGUAGCUUUCACAACUCAAAAUGGUACAGCAUAGCUGAUCUUUAGCUUGUGUGGAGCACAUUAAAAAAUUGAUAAUGACAUCAAUUGACUGACGGAAUGAAACAAGACCAAGAGUACCAAGUAUAAAUAUGGAACAAACACUAGUACCAUAUGUCAGGGAAUUUUAGGAAUAAAAAUCCUACAUAUUACAGAACAAAAACAUAGGUUUUUUCCUCUCAUGUCUAUGGUACAAAAUCUGGGAUGGGGAGUCAUCGAAGGAGGGUGGAGAAAGGGCCCUUGGACUGCAGAAGAAGACAGGUUACUCAUUCAAUAUGUCAAAUUGUAUGGUGAAGGAAGAUGGAAUAAUGUAACCAGGCUUAUAGGAUUGAAAAGGAAUGGGAAAAGCUGUAGAUUGAGAUGGGUAAAUUACCUUAGGCCAGACCUGAAGAGGGGACAAAUAACACCACAUGAAGAGAGUAUAAUUCUUGAGCUACAUGCUAGAUGGGGUAACAGGUGGUCAACAAUUGCUAGAAGUCUACCGGGAAGAACUGACAAUGAAAUCAAGAACUACUGGAGGACUCAUUUCAAAAAAAAGGGAGAAGCUUCUUCUGGAAAUCCUGAAAAAUGGCGAGCCCACCUUCUGAGAAGGCAACAAUUUCAUUUACAGCAGCAAGAAAAACAAGAAGAAAAUCAAAUAAACAUGAACAAAGUCGUAUCAUUGCUUGAUGAGAGUGAAAAUAGAGUGCCAACUCUAGCUCAAAUGAAGAAAGAAAUCAUAUAUCAGGACACGUCUGAUGAUCUUGGCUUCAUAUAUUCUAUGAUUAAUGGCAAUGCAACCGGACCUGAGGCCUCAACUGAGGAUAUUUUAUGGGAAUGGUUGUGGAAUUUGGAUGAUUUUCAUGAAAACAUAACUAACCAGCAUACUUCGGUUGCAAAUUUCCAUUGAACGAUUACUUGCACCAGUUUUCAGUCUUUCAGUCUGCUGUUUGACGAAAUAGCGCUAAAUCAUAGAGAACCAAAGCUUUUCAGCCUAAAAUUAUGGUUCUCCUGGCUUGUGGAUUUUUUACUUUUCUUUUCAGUUACCUGUUCCAAGAUUUCCAGGCUUGUGUACAACAUGAAUGAUAUCAAACCAUCAUUUCUUGAAAAAAGUUAUGGCAUGUUUAGAAGGUGGAUUAUAUAAUUCUAAACAAUAUUAAGGAAGAAAAAUUAACUGAAAUCUUGUCCAUUGUACUGUCUAAUAUGAUCCAAUACUAUGUACCAAACAUGCAUAUUUA